AUGCAACAAGCUCUUUCUCAUCUGGGAGAACUCGAUUGUAAUCAUAAGAUGGGAAACCUAGAAGCCAUGGAAAGUCUAACAAGCGAAGAAUCGCCAAUGUUGAAAUCUCAAUCGCAAGAACUAGAUGGCAGUUCUACAAGAGGAACAACUGAAGCCAACGCAGAACAGCUCCUUCCUUCCACUUCAUUGAAACCAAAAAGAAGGGAAACAUUGCCACCACCACCUCUUCUACCCCGUCCAACAAAAAGGACAAAGGUACCAGAGGUUGACUUUCGCCUAAUCUCACGCAAAGGCUCGACUACGCUACUAACCUUGGAUUUACCCACCUCGCCCAUCGGUUUGUCACACUGUCUCGAUCUUUUUCCAACUGGAAUACCCGAAGAAACAAUAGCACCAAAAAGAACUCCUCCCAUAGUACCAUUAAGACCAGUGAGAUUUAGAAAGAAGGAACCAACCAAUGAUGAGGAAACCAUUCCGCCGGAAGUCACAGCAAUUCCACCGCCUCCUUCUCCGAUGAAAGACAACGUGAAACCUGAAUUGUCACCUAGACCUAUUUCUUCGCCUGAUCCUGAAUUUGCUGGGGUUCCUGAUACAGCGGGACCAAUUUUCAGUUCCAACUUCUCUUUCUCCUCGCCCACAUUCGCAACACUUAGCGAUUACGAAAUCCAUUCACAAAAAAGACGCCCCAUCCCCUCACCAUCUCCCAUUAAUCCCACAAUAAGCGCCAAUAAAAAUUCCAUCGCAAGUGCUAAUGUUGGAGCUGAAAUCCCAAAAUUCACGGCACCUCCAAGUCACAUACCUCCUCCUCCUCCUGAAUCAACACCAGAACAAUCAACCGCUCUAUCAAAAGGAUAUAGAAGAAACAAGCCCAUCCUGACCGAAGCAGAAACAAUAAACAUCUCACCAGAUAUUAAAGUUCCACACGCCUCACCACCACUUUCGCCCAAGCAGCUAAACAAAUUCGUCCCUUUGGUUACGUUUACGCCUCCUGCUGCUCAUCAACGACCUUUAGACCAAGACCUACCGACCGUCUCCACGUCACAGAGCAACAAUCCUACAUACCCACCACCUCUUCUCUCUUAG